GCGUGUGUGGAGUGAGAGAGAGGGAGAGAGAGGGAGAGAUAGAGGGAGGGAGGGGAGAUAGGAAGAGAGAAAUAUAAAGGCGACACAGGGGGAGAAGGAAAGGUAAUGCAGAGGAUUAAACCCCAGAAGCCUCAUCAUGUUACUGCGGGUUGUCGUGGCCGUCUCCUUGGCUGUGUUUCUCACCGGAUAUCUGGAAGGAAAGGGGGUUCAGAUGCAGAGGGAUGUGCAGUGCUGCAUGCAGUACUCCCAGGGCAAGGUCCGUGCCAAAGACGUGCUGAGGUUCGAGGUGCAGACAGAGGGACCGGACUGCAGCAUACAAGCCCUCAUACUGUACACCAAGCGGGCGGUGAAGUGUGCUGAUCCCAGGGACCGGAAGGUGAAGAGGCUACUGCGGAAGCUGACUCAGAGGCAGAGGACCAAGGCGCACACCAUGUGGCUCCACGCUAACGGGAACCUGCCCGCCAUGGCUGAGGUAGUCGACAGCCACGCACACCGCCCCGCCAGGGUUAAAGAAAACUGGCCAAUGGAGGGGAAAGAGGAUGGCAAUUCUAACCAAUAAUGUGGCAUUUCUAAACUUCCCGCCUUGUGUUACCCUGGUUAGUUGGAUCAGUUGUUCAACUGGAUGUCUCCUCGAUGCAGGAUGACAACACGAGAGUUCUUUACAGAGGGCAGAGUCCUCUUUAUGGCUCCAGUGCAGAGGGUUGUGGAUUGCACUUCAUACUAAACGCGUGCACCCUUGCGUCGUGUUUUUCAGCUUGAAGUGAUCAAAUUGAUGAGUGUUGUCAUGAGUGGCAUCUCAAGAUCCCGCUGAUCUUGGGCUACUGGCUGAUUUCGUGGUAAUAGAGUGCUGUAUAUCACAAAUAUAUGAAAACCACACAGACAGACACACACACACGUUGUGAACUGACCACCACAUUUAGACUGUUAUGAUGUUCACAUGUUCGAUAAUUUAUAUUUGAAUGCUAAAAUAUGACUGUUCUUAUAUCUGACCUUUGCUGCCCAUCAUAUUUAGACUGUUAUGAUGUUCACAUGUUCGAUAAUUUAUAUUUGAAUGCUAAACGAAGACUGUUCUUAUAUCAGACCUUUGCUGACCACAAUGUUUAGACUGUUAUGAUGUUCACAUGUUCGAUAAUUUAUAUUUGAAUGCCAAACGAUGACUGUUCUUAUAUCAGACAUUUGCUGCCCAUCAUAUUUAGACUGUUACGAUGUUCACAUGUUCGAUAAUUUAUAUUUGAAUGCUAAACGAUGACUGUUCUUAUAUCGGACCUUUUGUGAUUUUGUUCCAUGGCAAAUAUGUAUCAUAAUUGUUAUGGUUGUUCAUGAAUGUUGAUCACAGUAAUAUAGCUGUUGUUAUUGCGCUAUUAUCAGUGUUAUGCAGAAAAUAUACUACAUAAGCACUCACUGGCUGUAGUUUUUAACAUGUGUUAUGCUGAACCCAAAUAAUUUUAUGUUGAGGCAUCUUAUAUGUGCUAAUAUACAGUAAUAUAUGCACCAGUACUUUUGUUGUGUAACUCUAAAUAUUUCCUCCCUUUGAAAUAUUUCCCUCCCUUUCUCUGUCAUUGCCAUUACCCCCAGACGUAUGUAGAGAUUCAGCUUCCACUACCAAUAUUGUAUACUGUUAAUUAGGUUUUCAUAUGUACAGUAGUAACACAUAGGCUGCCACAGUCUCAAAUAAUAACUGACUAUACCAAAGUACUUUGCUGGUGAUGCUUUAUUUUGUUUGAGGAAGCAGUUUCACUGUCCGUAGCAGUCAUUUGAAUUUGCAGCAUGUUAAGGAUAAUAGGCUCAUUCUUGCCAGACAUAGAAUGCAAUGGAAAUUAAUGUAGGCUGAAACCAGACCUAAGCAUUCAUUCAAACCAUUUAUAAAUAAAUUAAUCUUUGAAAAAAAAAAAAAA